ACGCCCAUCAGGGCCAUCCCACACUCCGCCCCCUGUCCUUUCCCCGGCCCGCCUGCCGCUUUUCCUCUUGCAGCAUCGUCUCCCAGACUCUCCAGCGGCCGAGUAGCGAACUCGGCGCGCUGCGCCAUGGCAGACAAUGGCCCUCAGGGGGAUGGCAGCAGCUGCCCUACCUACGUCCCGGAUCCAGCUUUGUGGGCAACGCAGAUCCCCUACAGCCCGCCGCAGCAGUCAGGCGGGAGGCCGCCCUCGCCGCCGCCCGCCGCCGCCCAGCCUGCAGCAGCAGCAGCCGAGUUCUGGGACGCAGUUCUGGGCUGGACGGCGGCCCAUGACCCCCCGGGAUGCCUUGACGACGAUGCUGGCCGUGAUGACAGACACUGCGCCAUUGGCGCGGUUCAUGUCCGGGCAUGACAACUUUGCCGCGGCUUUUCAGAAGGACAAUGUGGACAUGGAACUGCUGCACCAGCACCAGCAAACAGCCCUAGAGCAGCUGAAGGCCACCGCCGAGGCAGCAAAUGCGGCAGAUGAGGAGCCCAGCCCACCAGCAGAGGAGUUGGAAGAGGUUCAGGCGGCAGCUGUGCUUGCUGUCUUGAGCCCCGGCGGCGGCAAGCGGACAAUCAGCCGAGCUGGUGACCCAUUGCAGCCGUGCGAGCUGAACAUGGAUGCAGCCCUCGUGGAGGAGGUGGCUGCACCAGCCCAGCAGCAGCAGCAGCAGUUCCACCACCAGCAGCAGCAACCUAGCAUGCCACAGCAGCAGGGCACAGCUGCCCAGCAGGAGCAGCAACAGGGCAUGCUGCCGAGCAUGCCGCAGCCGCACGGCACAGCUGCCCAGCAGCAGCAGCAGCAGCAGCAGCAGCAGCAGCAGGGCAUGCUGCCAAGCAUGCCGCAGCCGCACGGCAUUGCUGCCCAGCAUCAACAGGGCAUGAUGCAGCAGCAGGGCACAGCUGCCCAGCAGCAGCAGGGCAUGCUGCCAAGCAUGCCGCAGCCGCACGGCAUUGCUGCCCAGCAUCAACAGGGCAUGAUGCAGCAACAGGGCACAGCUGCCCAGCAGCAGCAGGGCAUUCUGCCGAGCAUGCCGCAGCCGCACGGCACAGCUGCCCAGCAGCAGCAGCAGGGCAUUCUGCCGAGCAUGCCGCAGCUGCACGGCAUUGCUGCCCAGCAUCAGCAGGGCAUGCUGCAGCAGCAGGGCACAGCCGCCCAGCAGCACCAGCAGCAUGGGGGGAGCACAACACACCUUCACCCUCUGUCUCAAUCGAUGAUGCAAUCCGUCCCUAUGCACCAGCAGUUCCUACCACCCAUGGGCCCCGCAGCGGCAGCCUUGCCGACAAGCUUCCUCAUGGAGCAGACGCUCAACAUGGCAGCACCAUACCAACACGUGCUGGGUGGCGACGGCUUCGGCAUGCUGGCUAACUCGGCAUCCAUGAGCCAGUACCAGCCCCACCUGGUACACCGGAUGGGCCCUGGAGCAGCAGCGCAACAGCUGUUCAUGGGGCGGCAGCAACCUGCCCUUCACCCGCACCCGCAGCAUGCCAUGCUUCAGGGGCUGCUGCUGCCUAGAGCAUCUGAUGGCAGUUACAUUGGCAGCUUUGUCGGCAGCGCACCUGCAGCUAUAGGCGGGGCUGGCGGCAGCAGGGGCAGCAAAGGCGGCUCUGGCGAGGACAAUGGCGGCGGCAGCGGUGCAGACGGCAGCAAGGAGGGACAGAGGAAGGCUCGGAAUGGCUCGCGGCGGCGGCUGCCGCCACAGCGGCGAGACCUCCCCACACUGGCUCACUUUGAGCAACUGGGGGGGCUGCCUGCGAUCUACGAGUGGUGGACCAACGACUUGCUUGACAAUGGGAUGAGUCGGCAGGAGACGGAGGAGCAGGAGCAGGCCUGCAACCCAGCUGCGAUGCCAGAGUGGCGCUCAGGGAUCGACAAGCGACGCUUCAAUGAGGUGAAUAAGCUCAUCACCUACAUCGAGGAGCAUGCGGCCACCCUGCAGCAACAAACCAAGCAAGCGGUAUCCCGAAUGGAGAUGGCUCGACAACUGGAGAAGGAGCGGCAAACUGCAGCUAUCAAGCAUGGCGGCAAGCAGAAGAAGCAGACCCUGAACUCCCUGUUGAAGCAGCUGCAGAAGCAAGGUGGCAAGGCCAAGAGGGCUGCAGCUGCAGCAGCAGCGGAGCAGCACAGCAGCGGCAGGGAGAGCGAGCAUGACGGCAACGAUGCAGGCGGCGACUAGGCACGCUCUUGACUGUUGCUAGAGAUUGCAUGUUACAUUCUUGUUGUAAUGUGCCCCCAGUUAUUCGGGCAAUGGACAGAGGAGCAAGAAAGGAGAGGUGAGGGCAGGGUGGUGAGGGUCUGGUGUGAGAUGAUAUCAAGAGGUUGGAUAGAAAGGAAGGUGUUGCAGGUGCAGCUCUCUCUGAAGGAUAGGCCAGGCUUGGCUCAUACUGCCCUGGGCUGCUGCACUUGCAGCAGCCUGCCCAACCGCUGCAAGUCGUUGCCCCCACAGAUCCCUUUCCUC